GUUCGUGACGCGAUUUACUUCUAACCUAAUUUUUGUCAUUCAAUGUUCGAGUGGUGAAAGUGCGAGAUGAUAAGCUCUAAGGAUACAUCUUUAUGCUAUCUGCCUAAGAGGCCGCCAGUCGAUAUAGAAUUCAACGAUUUAAGCUAUACAGUUCCACAGGGGAGAAAAGGAUCGAAACUCAUCUUGCGGAGUAUCAGCGGUGAAUUCAAAUCAGGUCAACUGACGGCUAUUUUGGGUCCAUCAGGAGCUGGCAAAAGUACCUUAUUGAACGUUCUGGCUGGUUACAAAUGUCAGGGAGCAACCGGUUCAAUCUUUAUAAAUGGAAAACAACGAAAUCUAAAACAGUUCAAGAAAAUGUCGAGAUAUAUUAUGCAAGAGGAUCUCAUUCAGCCACUGUUGACGGUGAAGGAAGCAAUGCUUGUUGCUGCCAACUUGAAAUUGGGAAAAAAUAUGGAGAAAGCUGACAAAAUGAAAAGUAUUGACGAAAUCCUAGAUUUGCUGCGAUUGACGAAAACAAAAAAUACACGGACUAAUGCUCUCUCUGGUGGAGAAAGAAAGAGAUUGUCAAUUGCAUUGGAAUUAUUGAAUAAUCCACCAGUUAUUUUCUUGGAUGAACCAACGAC